AUGGGCGAGUACACAAUGUUCGGGGCUGCACUCACAAUCGAUCCCUAUAAUAUACCACCAGCGGCUGAGCUUCGAGACUUGAUCACCCGUCUGGAGCCAAAUGCUGGUCCUGAGACCGUCGAAAUUUCGAUUGCGCAUCUGUAUGAUGAGUUCCUGAAUCGGCUGCUUGCAUUUCUGUUCCCUGGUCGACCGCUCUCUCCAACAGACAAGGUUGUCAUUGAGAGGUGGCUCGGUGAUCGAGCCCCAAAUUCUGGCGUAGUCGAGCGCGCAGCGGAGCGACACGCCCACAGGGUCUCCCAAGGUGGAAACACUGCCGUUGAUGGUGCUGAAAGUGUCGCAGCUACAGAUCUCUCAUGGGCGAGUGACGAGGAUGCUGAGGGCGAUACCAUGGACUCAGAUGAUCAAACUCUUCAGCGCACCUUAUAUCACAUUGCUGAACAUAGAGCAAAGCAGGAAGGUGUAAUUCAUCGAGGCAUUACCUGCAAUGGUUGUGACGAGAAGCCGAUACGCGGCGUCAGAUGGCACUGCGCCAAUUGUGUCGACUUCGACUUAUGCUCUAAUUGUGAAGCGACAAAUUCCCAUCUCAAGACUCACAUCUUCUACAAAAUUCGCGUGCCUGCGCCUUACCUCGCUAUGCCAAAACAGACACCACUCUACCCUGGCAAACCACACAUGAUGAGCCCCUCCAUCGAUUCCCCGAUCAAAAAACGCCUCGUCACAGAGACAAGAAUGGAGGCAGAGGAGAUCGAGGCCCUCUGGGAUCAGUUCACAUGCCUUGCAGGAACAGAAUGGACCGCUGACUCUGACACCAUCGGGUGGGCAAUUGAUCGGCGCGCCUUCAAUCAUGCGUUUGUCCCUCGGUACAGCAGCUUUGUCCCUGCGCCAAAUCUAAUUUACGACCGUAUCUUCGCCUACUAUGAUACAGACAAGAACGGUCUUAUUGGGUUUGAGGAGUGGAUCAAAGGAUUGAAUGGAAUGCAUGCUACAGACAAUGCCACAAGAGCCAGAAUCGUGUUCAAUGGAUACGACAUAGAUGGGGAUGGAUGUAUAUCGCGCAAAGAUAUAUUGCGGAUCUUCAGGGCUUACUAUGCCAUUGAGAAGGAAGCUGCACGCAACUAUGUGGCAGAGAUUACAGAGGAACUCUCCGUUCGAAACGCUCUGGAUACAGUCCGUUCCAGUCAGCCGUUGGGUUCUGCGUUUCCAGCAAACGUCUCAUUCACGAGAAACCACGACAAUUCUCGCCUACAGAGUAAGCAGCAGGACGAGUCCGAUAAUACGUCACCAGUUCUCUACGAUGAAGAUCAGGAUGUUGCAGAUCGUGACGAAAUGUUGAAGGUCACUGAUAUUCAUAACAUCAUGCCGGGAGAGCUGUCUCAAAGCGAACAAGACCGCAUAGUCACGAAUCGAUGGGCUCGGAGACAAUACUACGUUGAUGAGGAAGAGGGAUUGACCAGACCCCAAGGCGUAGACGAUUCAGGCCUAGCUAGCGACGCAUUGGGCGACGAAGUGGAGCUGGCUGGAGACUCUGAAAAUCCUCCAAGUCAGCACGUUGAGCGACCGAGAUGGUCACGAUCGUCGUCAAGAGUGAGAUUCCAGGACGACGUUGAUGUCGAAACGCGAUCGAAUGCCUCGACAUCAUCGAGGCCUGUGGGUGAGCGAUGGGGUGGCUACGAAAUUCCUGAACCUGAAAAGGAUCUGGGCAAGGAGGUACUCUACCAAAUCACGCAGCAAGGCUUCAAUGAGCUACUCAAUCCCAUCUUCCAAGAAAAUGAAGACAAUGCAAUGGACGCUUUCGCCACGCGCAGUGAGCGCCGCAAGCGCGCUGCCGAAAUCGAUGAAGCCACGGACUUGUUCAAAGUGAAUGAGCCCCUGAACAAGACUAUCUGCCGGGUCGGGAUUUUUCGAUUUGUCAAAUGCUUCAUUGACGUGUUUUGCAAGAUCCUCAACGAAGGACGUGUUUAUGACGAAGACGACGACAAUGGCCACGUUUACGGCAGCAUCAAGCAGUUUUUCGAAGACAGCCAGGGUGCGGGCCUCAAUCGAGAGGCAGCUACGAUUCGACUCGAACUCGCUUAUGUAGCCGUCGAAGCGAAACUCAUACACGACCUGGACUCGACAAAGAACGAUGAGUUGGUUCAUGAUGAUAUGUCUCUGUGGAAUACCUGGCUUUGCAGACACCGGUUUCAACAAGAAUUACUCGGCACUGUGCUCGAGUGUGUUGCUCAACAAGGAUGGAUAUGCACUCUAGUUCCAGUUCAGCUCCAACCCGAGGAGCAAAAGGCUGAUGUUCACACGGCUCGCAGCGACCCCACACUACCGCAAUUCCGACCCAACUCGUUAACCGAAAUCGACGCUGCGGAAUCUGCUCCUACCAAUUCCUUGAACACUGCGACCGAUUCUCGAGCGGCAAACGAGUCUUCUGUGAGCGAAGCCGCACGGGUAAACUACUACCAGAACGAUGAUGAUACUAUGCAUCUCGCAGCAGAUCCUCAAGGCCCUUUCUUUACCUUGAUGUCUACCGAAAUGGACGAAUCGAGCCCAGAGGACCGAGUGGAGGUUCCAGAGGAAGAAGAAAGUUUGGACACAGCACCAAUACUUUCCUCAUCGACUCCACCAGUUCCUCCAACUUCGGACGCUCUGCCAGGAGACACUGCCCCUGAGCUCGACGCCGUCCCUCCUCCCGCUACAUCUACUCCGAGCACUCCAAACACCCAGCCUGCCCCCAUCAACAUCCGCAACUACACCAACACGCCCGCCAUCGGCCUCUUCAGCAUCACCACAACCGAAGGCCGCGAAACACUCAAAGCCACAACCAAAAUAGUCACCCACUCCACAAACCCCUACCACCCCGAAAUGUACCCCCAAAAGCCGCUCGAGCGCCACAUCCGCCAGGUCGCCAUGGAUCCCGACUCGCCACUCCACGCCACGCUGCUUGCUAGCCUCGAGGCCGUCGAGCAGCAGAUCAGCGAGCGCAAGGGCAGCGGGCUGCUGAACUUCGACGAGUUCGAGGCGCAUAUGAAGGAGGGGCGGCUGCGGUUCUUGGAGAGCUGGAUGGAUUGGGUGAGUUUUUGA